GAAUUUCCUGGCCAACCACUCGCUAGGCCGACUCUCCUGCCUAUCUACCAACAAAACCCUGUUGCAGAGAAACACAAAGGAAGAAUCUAAGCCUUCAUACCAAGUAUACGGACUGCAGAAUAUGUCAAGAAUGGAAAGGGGAGAGCUACGUGUACUUGCAUCAAAGUAGUUUUGCAGUGCCUGUGUCAGGACAACAUGUUUGCACUGUGCCAGCGCUGGAAGAAAGUCUGAUGGAAGUCGUCUUCAUCAUUCUGAGUGAAUGCAGCGCGGCCUGUGAGCCGACGGGUUUCUUUCUGGCAGUGGGACGGGUGUCUAAUGGGUCAAUAAUAAGCCGUGACUAACCGUCUCCCUGAGGAGCAGCUUGGCCAGACACACACUCACAGAAAGCAGCAGAAAGCCGGGACCAUGAUGAUCCCAAGCAUCAUCGCGCCUCCUGCCCUCUACCCGGGUCUGUACCGGCCCGCCGCUUCUCUGCCACUUCACCAGACCCUGCCGUCCGUCUUCCCGACUCACUCCAGCUUUUUGGUGGAGGACCUGCUGCGGAUAAGCCGCCCCGCCGCCUUCAUUAACCGGACUGUCCCGUCAGCGAGCGCUUCCCUGCCCACAUCCACCACCACCGUGUCCUUCAGCGGCGCGCCCGCGGAGCGCGCGCCGGCCACGACCACGGUAACGCGCGAACCGUGCUCGCUGAAAACGUCCGUGCCGAGCAGCAAGGACCCAACUUUUCUCAAGUUUGGAGUGAGCGCCAUCCUUGCACCUUCACCAAAGAUCGCCUCUUCACCCCCUACAUUCCACAGCCUGCACUCCAAGACCUUCCCUAUCCCCUGCUUUGACGGAACAUUUCACCCCAUAUUCAGGACGCCUUAUUUACCAGCAUCCUCAUCCGUUGUCCCCGUCCCCGGGACUUUUUCGUGGCCUCUGGCCGCCAGAGGGAAACCCCGGAGAGGGAUGCUAAGGAGGGCGGUGUUCUCCGAUGUACAGCGCAAGGCCUUGGAGAAAAUGUUCCAGAAACAGAAAUACAUCAGCAAGCCCGACAGGAAGAAACUGGCCUCUAAACUGGCCCUAAAAGACUCGCAGGUGAAAAUCUGGUUCCAGAACCGGCGGAUGAAGUGGAGGAACUCCAAGGAACGAGAACUGCUGUCUUCCGGUGGCUGCCGCGAGCAGACGCUGCCCACGAAAGCCAAUCCGCACCCGGACCUCAGCGACGUGGGCAAGAAGUCCUCAGCCGAGGAUGAGGAGGAUGAGGAAGAAGCAUUCAGAAGAGAGAGAAUGAGGGUGGCAGGGUCCAGCAUCUCCUCUCCAUCUCUUUCCAGUAAGCACUCAGACUUCUCAGAGUCAGACGAAGAAGAAAUAACAGUAUCUUAAUUUAUUAAAAAAAACAAAUAUAGAGAUCUAACCCAUGCUUUGUUUUCAUGAGACUGUGACCAGAUUUAUAAGAAGCUGCCACCCUGAAACCGACUCCAUAAAUGUCAUUGUUCAAAAAAUAAGUUUCACUCAAGUUUGUUGCUUCAUCAGCGCAUGCGCUCUGUACAGGAUCUGCUUCUGAUACAUUUUGCUGUUUUGCACAGCUUUGUUCAAUUGUACAGUAUUUUGUACAAUUUUGUAUGGACAUUUUAUGCCAAGAAUACCGAGUUCCUUUUACCAUGACCUUGAAUAGAGUUGUUUAUUGACAAAUGUAGCUAUUUCGUUAAUUUAUAUGAAUUUGUUUAUUAAUUGUUUUAUGUGCUGUAUAUAUGUUUAUUUCACACUUUUUGUACAAAUACCAAAUAAACUUGUAAACAGUUCCAAGU